CAUUCGUAGGCUGCCUGUCCGGACACGCUUGCCGACACAACUGAAGGAAAAGGAGUUGUGCCUUUGUGACCUGCCUAGCUGCACUCACUCUGGGCUCGGGACAGCUGGCAGCAGAUAAGACCUGGUUUGACUUCUUGUUCCAUGUUCCUGAAGCGUCAAGGCGGCAAUCGUUGGCAGUAACAGUCCUGACACAUGAAUGCACGAGAGGAGGCGAUGGGCAGUGACCCGGGCCUAAGCCUGGAUGAGGCGGAGGCAGAGCAGGAGAGGCUGUGGGAGAGGAUUGAGAGCAAACGUCACAUCCUGACCAAGUCCAUCAACCCCAGCAAGCUGACCACCUACCUCCGCCAGUGCAAAGUCAUCGACGAGGAGGACGAGGAUGAGAUCCUGCAUUCACACCUGCUGACCUCCCGCAGGACUCGUGCAGGCCGCCUUCUGGACAUCUUGCGUUCCCGUGGUAACCGUGGAUACGAGGCCUUUCUCGACAGCCUGGAACUUUACUACGCUGAACUGUACAAGUUAAUCACGGGCAAGGAGCCAACCAGAUGUUGCUCAGUGUUAGUCGUGGAGGAGGGUUAUGAGGGAUUGACUCACUUCUUGAUGAACGAGGCGGUGAAGGUACAGAAGCAACUGAAGGACCGGGAUGUGGAGAUCCAAAAGCUUCAAGGCAAGUGCCAGGAGCUGCAGGAGGCCAACAAACAGCUCAGCCACCAGAACCAGGGGCUCAGGGGCUUCGAGGAGCGGUACAACAAGCUGAAGGAAGAGUUCAAGGUCUUCAACAACCAAUUCAACAAGGUCAGAGAGGACAGCUACCUGCUGGCAAUGAAGCACACCCAGCUCCACGAGGAGAAGAACAUGGUGGUGAUGAGGAACCGAGACCUGCAGCUUGAGAAUGACCAGAUGAGGUGCAAGCUGGCUGGGAUGGAGAAGGAGUGUCUGCUGGCCCGGAGAGUCUCCAGCAAGCUGAGGGAGGACAUGGAGAGCAUGCCCAGCAAAGAGAGCAUCAGCAAGCUGCAGCUGGACAACCAGCAGCUGCGCUCCACCAUUCAGGAGCUGCAGCACUUCCUGCAGUCAAAGAACAAUCUUCCCAGCAUGGACAAGGCGUUCCUGGAUAUCAUGGACCACGAUCGGAGAGAAGCCCUUGAAGAGAGACAGGCGUUGGUGGAGAAGUUCCACAAUAUUAGCCUGGAACUCCAGCAAGCUGAGGAACUCCGAGAUAAGUUCCAGAGAGAGAAGGAAGACCUGGGGCUUCAGAUCACACUGCUUACAAAAGAAUGCCAAAUGCAGAAGCGCAGGGUUGAAACUAUUCUGCUGCAAAUUGAAGAAGUUGAAAAGGAACGGGACCAGGCAUUGAAAGCUCGAGACGAGGUACAGUCUGUCAACGCCCAGCUUUUGCUGGACAACAGCAGGUACCGGAGGCAGGUUUGGGGGAUGGAGGAGAAGUCCGACAGGCUGCAGAUGGAGCUAACCAGGAAGGAGGGGGAGUUGUCUGUCCUACAGCACCAACUGAUGGAACAGAGGUCCACCAGCAUCAGCCUGGAUCUCCCAGACUUCUGUAGCUCGGUGAGCAGCAGUCCAAAUUCCCUCGGCUGUCCUGAAGACUGGAGCAGUGAGGACCAAAAACGAGGCAGGAACUUCCCCACAUCUGCACUCAGCAGGCGGAAUGGUAUAAAGAGACUGGAAUUAUCGUCAGCUCAAAGCUCAGAGUUUCCAGAGAGUGGAUAUGGUGAAGAAACGUCUACGAUGGAAGUCCUCUGGCCGGAUAUCGAGAAUGACCGGUACAUCAACAGGUUCUCGAUGAUUCCCUUCCCACCUUGCAAGGCAUCUUUGAUGCGGCGGAUUAAAGAUGAGGAAGCAGUCGGCAGGUUUGAAUUCAGGCCUCUCAGUAGCUCAAUGGAUUUUGGCAACAGCUGUCCAGAUAAAAUUCAAAACCUGAGCUUAUCGUUCACUGCUGGAUCAGAGAGGGACUUCUCGUUCCCAGACUCUGAGGACCUGGGAGAGGCAUCGACCAAUGUCAAAGCUGGCAGCAACAGGAGGACACUUUCUCUGUCGUUGUCUUUGCCGGAUCUCAGCAGCAUCAGCAUUGAUGUCAAGCACGACCACGAACACAUCCUCAGUGACCUCACCAUCGUCGGGGGCAACACAGCCAGCAUCUUGGCCAACCCUGAGCAUCAAGGCUCGGAGCCACAGCAGGGAUACCAGCUACUGGGGCUGGAAGGGAGAAGUGGGCAGAGGACCACGCUGCAGAACUGCACAGGAAAGGACACUUUCUGGACUUUGCGCCAUUGUGUUUUGCCAGAUCCCCUUCAGCUUCAGCCCAGCAAGGCUUACAGGACACUUCAGCGGGCGCUACAGGUCAAGGAGCCACUGGGUGGAGACUCCUUCUAUAUCCGAGUGAAUCUCAAUAUUCUGGGCCAGGUUGACAGUUGCUCCUUGCAGGUGAAGUGUGACGAGAUUUUGCAUGUGUUGGACACUAACUACCAUUCAGGCAGCGAGUGGCUCUGUGCUCGUGUGGACCCAGUCACCAUGCAGGACCUAGAGCAAGGAACCAUUCCCAGCUGUAACAGAGCUCACCAGCUACUCAUGGUUAAAAUUCACGCACUAAUCGGAAAUUUCCAGAAGAACGAGAGAACGAGAAAGUUUAUGAAGAACUACAACAAGUUGAAGGCACUGGGCAGAGACCAAGUAAGGAUUGUUGCAGCAAGACUUUCCAGGAAUCCCUCCAGUACCAGCAGUCCUUCCUUCAGCUUCUGCCGGGAAGAUACGAAUGAAAAGGUCAUACCUUACAGCCUUGUUCAGCCAAUCACUGUGCACCAAAAGCGACCGGUGCUCAUCAUGCCCACGGUUUUAGCCAAGCCUCUGAUACAGCGCAUCCUUCAGUCACCUGCCACUUCGGAGUUCGACGUAGUGAGGCCAGAAGUUCUUACCAAAGAGGAACUGAAGACCAAAACAUGGUUUUCUUUCCAAAGGAUCCCGAACCAGGACAAGUACGAAAGCAUCACGCUUGAGGCCAUCAGAGAUGUCAUAGCCAAGAACAAACACGGCUUGCUUCCUUUAGGAGUGCACACCGUUAAGGAUUUAAUCAGCAAGGAUAUCUAUACCAUCAUCAUCCAUAUCAAAGUGACUUCAAAAAACAUUAAGAAACUAAGGAAACUGGUUCCAAAGUCGUGCGGCAGCGACGACGAGUUCCUGCGUCUCCACCGUAUCGAGCAGAAACACCUGGAGUCCGUACCUUGUCUCUCAGCCACGGUGGAGCCCAACACCUGGGGCAAUGUUGACGAACUGGCCAAAGCUGUGAAGGAAAGCAUCUUCCAGGAGCAGACAAAACUCGUCUGGAUUGAACAGGACUAGAAAUUCCUGGACUUCUGAAGCUCCAGCCGAGCAUCUUGUCCACAAUGUGCAAUGGCAGGAACGUGACCCUGGUGGAGGCAAAUGUGUGAAUCCAGCCCAGUGAGGUAUCUCCUGGUGCUGUCCUGUCAGAUGUCCAACGACCUCGUGUUUAGAUAAAUCCCUUCACCCCUGUCUAGCCACAGGUCCGAAUGCAUGGCAGAAAACUUACCAACUGGUAGAUCCACGCCGGUAGUUACAGCAAGAUCAUGGCUGAUAGGUUUAUCUCAAUUCUUUCUCCCCUCCCUCCUGUGAUUAGAUGCAGAGAGGCGGGAGCAAAGAGCAGCAGGAUGAGGAAGGUGCUGGAGGGUGGUUCAGUCGUAUCUGAAGGGAGCUGCAUAAGUAUCUGAAGGGAAGGACUUUGCAGGACUGGGAGAGGGUGAGGAACUCAGACCAGCUGGAUUGUACUUCAACAGAGCCAGUGCAGACCCAGCAGGCUGAAUGGCCUAACUAUUCUGUAAUGCUGUGAUCUUUUGCUUCUCUAUCUCCCUUUUCCAGCCUCUUUUGCCUUGAAUCAUCAUUCCUUUUACCAUUUAAUCUCUCCUCCCUUCCGCUCUAACACACACCUCUCCUUUAAUUUGCUCUCCCCUCUCACUUUACUGCACCUUAAAACUUAUUUCCUCUCUCAAUUUUCCCAACCCCAGUUAAAUGUCUUUGAUCUGAAACGUUCUGUUUCAAAGUCAGUCGUGUUAUUGUCAUAUGCACCAGUACAUGUGUGCACAGGGGCAAUGAAAAACUUACUUGCAGCAGUGUUACAGGCACAUAGCAUCAGAUACACAGCAUUCACAAGAUAAACAUAACUUAAACAUAAAUUAUACACAAUUUUUACAGGAAAGAACACAAUUUGAACAAAAAAAAUCAAAGCCCAUGUUAGUGCAAAGUGAUCAAAGUGGUCAUAGUGCUGCAAUACUGAGGUAGUGAUUAGGGUUGUGCAGGUUGGUUCAAGAACCAGAUGAUUGAAGGGAAGUAGCUGUUCUUGAACCUUGAAGUAUUCUGUACCUCCUGCCUGAUGGUAGCUGCAAGAAGAUGGCAUGGCCCAGAUGGUGGGGAUCUUUGGUCAUAGUGUUGCUGAACUGUAGUGAUUAGGGUUUUGCCAGUUGGUUUAACAACCAAAUGAUUGAAGGGAAGCAGCUCCAUUUUUCACUCUCCACUAACCCUAUCCGUUGAACGUGGUAUAUAGUACGCAGGUGUGGUCUCCCAACCUGCUGUGUGUUUCAAGCAUUUUCUGUUUUUCUUUCCGACUUCCAACAGCUGAGGCAUUUUGCUUUUGUGUUAAAGGUUCAAUGAUUUAUUUCUCAUUAUUAAGUAAUACUCUGAAGUUAUUGUUACCUUUAGUUCAAAAGCAGUUAGGGAUACAAAUAAACUGUGGGGUGUACCAGUGGAAUUUCUCUACAGUGAAAAGCUAAAGUGUUGCAGCAUCCCCACUGCUGGGAAGCUGCCAAUACAGUGUUGACAUUUACAUAGGCAAUUUAUAUUAAUGUGUAGAUAUUUUGUGGAAAACAUUGACACAGCUCUGUGACCAAAAAAAAACAUGAACGUUUUUAAAGUUAGUUUUUUAAAAUAUUGUAAAUACAUCUUAUUUUCAGUUCUAUCAGACUAUUUAUCAUAUUUUAUUUUUAUUAUCAGCGUUAUUGAUUGAUUACCUACAGAUGUAAAUGGAUAUCUACAAAUUGUAGUCACAGACACAGGAGACUGCAGAAACUGGAAUCUGGAGCAAAAAACAAUCUGCUGGAGGAACUUGGCGGGUUGAGCAGCAUUGGUAUUGGUUUAUUAUUCACUUGUACCGCUCUUGCAAACCGAUCAUACAGGUCAA